AUGAUUCCGAUUCCUUCCAAAAAUCAGAACAACCUAUAUCCUCAAGGAACGCUGCUUCAUCGAAAUAUCAUUAAACAUCACCUUUCAUCUCUUCAAUUCAAUUCCAAGACAUUAGCCGUAGAUCUGCUCGAUGUGUUUCCUCCUCCUUUAAGAUCACAAUUUUCACUCGUAUCAAAAAAUCAAGUUCGAGCUCCUGAUAUUGCGUCCAACGCUGCUUCCAAUCAAUCGAUGCUUCCAAUCGGUGCUUCCCCUGUUGUUCGCACGCACACACACAAUCACCAGCAGCAACCGGAGUUGCUGCCUCCCUCGACUUCACCUCCUUUCUUCUAUUUCGAUGAUAAGCCGACCCAACCACCCCCUGAUCACCACCAUUCCCAGUUGAAGAAACCCACCAUCGCAACAGGUCCUAGUAAGUUUUGUUCAACAGAGAAGAAAGGUAGCCGAGAACCUCCGACUUCCCUUCUGUUUCCUUCUGUUUUCGAAUCCCAAGCAAAUCCCUCGCUAUAUCCUUCUUCAUCCAUCGAGUUUCAGACACCGUCUUUUUCUCCAUCUCGAGUCAUUUUAGUUGACAUGGCGAAAGAAGAAUGGGGUGUUGGUGGGUAUGGAUCGAUGAAAGGUUUGAUCAGACUUCGUUCUCCUGAAAUGACGAAGAGGAUGAAGAAGGUGGGUCAAGUGAAGGCGAUGUGGAGGAACAUUUGGAGCUUCCCUGCUAGCCACCGGCUUCGUCGUCGCCUCCCCCUGCCAGCCUCAGGCAGCGUCGCUCUAUCUCUGACUUCGUCGCCUCCCCCUCGCAUCCUCCCCUUCGCCGAUUCUUGGUCGACAUCAAUGCAAUUUCUAUUGGCUCUGGCGUCGACUCCUGAAGCAAAAAUCGACAUCGCUGCUUUCCCUCCCCUGUUCGCCGCCGUUAACCAGCUCCUCGCCACUGCCGGAGAUCGUCGCAGCCCACAGCCCUGGUGCUGUUCCUUCGAACCCACAAUAAAGGGUCCAGAAUAG